AUGUUCAACAAUGCUUUCGCGGUUGGAGGACGUGGAGCUGCUGUGGACAGCGGCGACGGCUAUCCAGCUGCAUUUGCGGCUACUGAAGGGCGAGAUACGGACAACCGAGCGGGCAGAGAUAGCUGCAGCAGCGAUCGUAUGUGGACGGAUCGAACACGUGCACAGCGAGCUGUGGCAUUCGACUACGGAUGUUUGGCUAAAGAAAACGAAGAAGUCGAUGAAGACACUGAAACGGAGGAUGAGGCCGAGGAUAUGGAAGAUACGGAGCUGAAGACGAGAAGAGUGGACAGCGUUGGUGCGAUUAAACGUCCGCAUGGAGAGGUUAAAGUGGGCAAAACGGUAGAAAUCAAAGUUGAACAUCUAGAGAUACCUUCAAAGCUUGAUCGAGCAGUCAAUAUUGAUGAUAAUAAGGUGCAAAAAGAAGAAAAGAAUGAAAAGGUCGCCGGGGGGGAGAAAGAGAAUGAUGGGGAGAGUGGGGAAAACAUUGAUAAAGAGCAGCGCUCUUGCAACUUGAAGCUUAACGAUGAUACGCUGGCAGAGGAGACGAGUUGGCGUAAAAAUGAACAUAUUACUGAAUCUACGUCCAAUAUCGGAGCACAAGCAAGAGGGAAUCAUUCGUACGCAAAGAUAAUGGCAGCUGUCGGAAUACAGGGACAAAAGCUGUUGCAAAAACACCAAGGAGUGAGUUAA